GAAAAGCCCAGCCGGGAAGCCCCAGAGACCCGCCCUCCAAGAUGAAGAAGCUCCAGGGAGCUCACCUCAGCAAGCCCAUCACCCCAGACCUGCUGUUGACCCCCAGUGACCAGGGCAAUGUAGACCUGGACGUGGACUUUGCCGCAGACCGGGGGAACUGGACAGGCAAGCUGGACUUCCUGCUGUCCUGCAUCGGCUACUGCGUAGGCCUGGGGAAUGUCUGGCGUUUCCCCUAUCGAGCCUACACCAACGGAGGAGGCGCCUUCCUUGUGCCCUACUUCCUCAUGCUGGCCAUCUGCGGCAUCCCCCUCUUCUUCCUCGAGCUCUCUCUGGGCCAGUUCUCCAGCCUGGGACCCCUGGCUGUCUGGAAAAUCAGCCCCCUCUUCAAAGGUGCCGGCGCGGCCAUGCUGCUCAUCGUGGGCCUGGUGGCCAUCUACUACAACAUGAUCAUCGCCUACGUCCUCUUCUACCUCUUCGCCUCCCUCACCAGCAACCUGCCCUGGGAGCACUGUGGCAACUGGUGGAACACGGACCUCUGCCUCGAGCACAGAGGCUCCAAGGACGGCAACGGGGCCCUGCCCCUCAACCUCACCAGCACCGUCAGCCCCAGCGAGGAGUACUGGAGCCGCUACGUUCUCCACAUCCAAGGCAGCCGGGGCAUCGGAAGUCCUGGGCAGAUCCGCUGGAACCUCUGCCUUUGCCUGCUGCUUGCCUGGGUCAUCGUGUUCCUCUGUAUCCUCAAGGGUGUGAAGUCCUCGGGCAAGGUGGUGUAUUUCACGGCCACGUUCCCCUACCUCAUCCUGCUCAUGCUGCUGGCCCGUGGAGUCACCCUCCCAGGGGCCUGGAAGGGCAUCCAGUUCUAUCUCACCCCUCAGUUCCACCACCUGUUGUCUUCCAAGGUGUGGAUCGAAGCUGCUCUUCAGAUCUUCUACUCGCUGGGUGUGGGCUUCGGGGGGCUCCUAACCUUUGCGUCCUACAACACGUUUCACCAGAACAUCUAUAGAGACACCUUCAUCGUCACCCUGGGCAAUGCCAUCACCAGCAUCCUGGCUGGCUUUGCCAUCUUCUCCGUGCUGGGCUACAUGUCUCAGGAGCUGGGUGUGCCUGUGGACCAAGUAGCCAAAGCAGGCCCUGGCCUGGCCUUUGUCGUCUAUCCACAGGCCAUGACCAUGCUGCCUCUAUCGCCCUUCUGGUCCUUCCUCUUCUUCUUCAUGCUGCUGACUCUUGGCUUGGACAGCCAGUUUGCCUUCCUGGAGACCAUUGUGACAGCCGUUACAGAUGAGUUCCCGUAUUACCUGCGGCCCAAGAAGGCUGUGUUCUCGGGGCUCAUCUGUGUGGCCAUGUACCUGAUGGGGCUGGUCCUUACCACGGAUGGGGGCAUGUACUGGCUGGUCCUUCUGGACGACUACAGCGCCAGCUUCGGGCUAAUGGUGGUGGUGAUCACCACGUGCCUCGCUGUCACCCGGGUGUAUGGCAUCCAGAGGUUCUGCCGGGAUAUCCACAUGAUGCUGGGCUUCAAGCCGGGCUUCUACUUCAGGGCCUGCUGGCUGUUCCUGUCCCCGGCCACGCUCCUGGCCCUGCUGGUGUAUAGCAUCGUCAAGUACCAGCCCUCAGAAUAUGGCAGCUACCGUUUCCCAGCCUGGGCAGAGCUGCUGGGCAUCCUGAUGGGCCUGCUGUCCUGCCUCAUGAUCCCAGCCGGCAUGCUGGUGGCUGUGCUUCGAGAGGAGGGCUCGCUCUGGGAGCGGCUCCAGCAGGCCAGCCGGCCAGCCCUAGAUUGGGGCCCGUCGCUGGAGGAGAACCGGACAGGCAUGUACGUGGCCACGCUGGCCGGGAGCCAGUCCCCCAAGCCACUGAUGGUGCACAUGCGCAAGUACGGGGGCAUCACCAGCUUCGAGAACACAGCCAUGGAGGUGGACCGAGAGAUUGCAGAGGAGGAGGACUCCAUGAUGUGAGACGGGAAGCAGGCAGACAGGAGGCCCUGCCGGCCCCCAAGGGUUGCCACGCACCCUCUGGGGCUCUGAGAGGCCUGAGGCUGCGGGAGGUUGCCAUGGUGAUGCCGGUCCCCAGAGCAAGUCCCUUUUUGUGGCCUCUGCCUCUCCUAAAACCUCUGUCUACUCCCAACAGACACACACACACACACUCAAAGCUGAGAAUGAGCCAGCUCAGCCCUUACUUCACAGAUGGACAGACUGAGGCCCAAGGUCACACGACAGAAGGGACUGGACCCCAGGCCU